UGUACCUUUGAUGCUUCGCAGAAUUCCUUGAUCGCAUGCCUCUAACAAAACCCUUUAUGAUAAAUACAUGAAGCUCCUCUGCUUCUUUUUUAUCAUCACAGCUUCCUUGUCCACAGUUCCCUCUCACUCUAUUACUGAAGCAGCCCUGCUCAGCAGCAGCUCUUCCUCCCAACGAUUGAUUGUUAAAACAUCUCCCCAACUCAUCCUCUACUCGUCAGGCACCACAACCCACAAAUUCUCCACCAAUCGCCCGCCAUCAUGAAUCGCACACCAAAACGACUAAAGAACCCCUCCUUCCGACUCUUUUGCUCCUAUCUCUUCGAUUGGGUCCUAUGUAUUGUACUCCUCGUGGCCUUCUUCCUGCUUGACAGGGUAGAGCCCUUCCAUCGCGAGUUUUCUGUCCAAGACACGUCCAUCAUGUAUCCCUACAAGCCUAAGGACACAAUCCCCGUCUGGGCGAUCGUUCUCAUAGCAGUGAUCUUUCCUGUGGCUGUCAUUGUAGUCGUUGGAUUUGCUGUUAGACGUAGCCCCUACGACGUUCACAAUGGCAUCCUGGGUCUCCUUGUCUCUGUCUUGCUCACCACCAUUUUCACACAGGUCAUCAAGGUCACCGUUGGAAAGCACCGACCCGAUUUUCUCAGCAGAUGUCAGCCUAUGCUGAAUGGCACGGCUCUCACAAAGGAUGAACCAUUGCAGCUCUGGACAUACGAUGUAUGCUCUCAGACCGAUCAUGCAAUACUCAAGGACGGUUACCGUGCCUUUCCCUCUGGACAUGCCUCGACCGCCUUUGCUGGACUGUUUUAUGUUUCACUUUGGCUCGGUGGAAAGAUGCACGUUUUUGAUCGGCGGGGCUACUCCCUCAAGGGUGUUGUACUCAUCAUUCCCAUCCUCGCUGCGCUGUUGGUCGCCAUUUCGCGUGUACAGGACUACAAGCACGCUGGUAUCGAUGUGACCUGGGGUGCCAUCAUUGGCAUGAUCUUUGCAGUCUUUGCCUACCACCAAUACUAUCCUAUUCUCACUUCGGACGAACCGCAAGUUCCCUAUCCCCCUCGCGAUUUCAGUUACCUUAACAAAAACUCUGAAGGGCAAAUGCAAGAACCUGGACACUUUGAGCACAUAACGGGAAUCCAGCCCAAUGACAGUUUCGUGGACGAGUCCAGAGCGCGCCGCAGUGAAACUCCGGGAGAGUACGAGGUCGACGAGAGCAGGCGCCGGAGGGUUGAAAAUCCUUCUCAGAUCGUUUAAUAAUCUACUCGCACCGAUAGCGAUUGCACUUAGUCAUAUAUAACUCGCAAAGUAAUCUUUAAUACCCUCUCCUCCAUAGCUGCAAUAAACAGUGCAUCCUAUUCGAUAUCGG